AUGGCCUCAAAGUUUUUGAGAGAGUACAAGCUUGUUGUUGUUGGCGGUGGUGGAGUCGGGAAGUCAUGCUUGACCAUCCAGUUGAUACAGAGCCAUUUCGUCGAUGAAUAUGAUCCUACGAUUGAAGAUUCCUACCGCAAGCAAUGCGUGAUUGACGAUGAGGUUGCACUGCUCGAUGUCCUUGAUACCGCGGGCCAGGAAGAAUACUCGGCGAUGAGAGAGCAAUACAUGCGAACGGGUGAAGGCUUCCUACUGGUGUAUAGCAUCACGAGCAGGCAGAGUUUCGAGGAAAUCUUGACGUUCCAGCAGCAAAUUUUGAGAGUCAAGGAUAAGGAUUAUUUCCCAAUCAUCGUGGUGGGCAACAAGUGUGAUUUGGAAAACGAGAGACAAGUUACGAAGCAAGAGGGUGAAGCAUUGGCGCGCUCCUUCGGCUGCAAAUUCAUCGAGACAUCAGCAAAAUCCCGCAUCAACGUCGACAACGCAUUCUACGAUAUCGUCCGCGAGAUCAGACGCUACAACAAGGAGAUGGCAGGCUACACAGCAGGCGGAGGAAGUGGUUCAGGAAGCGGGGGACCGUCAGGCAAGAUGGAAGUGAGCGAAGGCGAGAAGGACCGAGGCUGCUGCGGAUGCUGUGCGAUCAUGUAG